UUUUUUUUGGUUUUAAGAAAAAUUACAUUAUCAAACCAAAGUUUAAUAAUGAGAUCUUAUGUUGUGGUAACUGCAGUCGAAGUCGUGAUACUUGUAUUUUAUUGUGCCAAUUUACAAUUUACUUUGCAAACAAUUUCUGGAGAAGUAGAAAACAUCUUAACUACUAGUCUCGAUAAAUAUUCCACUAAUAGAGCUUGGAAAUUAUUUUGGAAUCAAUUUCAACAACAUUAUUAUUGCUGUGGUAGUUCUAAAAAUACAGAUUGGUUCCAAACAGCUUGGGUUUCACCAAUUACUUUAACUUCAUUUUCUUUACUAAAAAAGUACACGCAACAAAAUGGAAAAUUCAUUAUACCUGCUGCUCCUUUAAGUUGUUGUUUAUCUGAUGCUAUUUGCAAUACAUUCACAGAUUGUGAACAGCCAAAUCCAGAAAAGUAUUAUCAAAAUAAUUGCACCUCAAUAAUAGUUAACAAAAUAAACUCUAUUGCAUCCACAAAAUACUUAUUUUAUGCUGUAUUGGUCAUUCAGAUUAUUUCUGCUGUUGUAAAAUAUGAAGGCUACACAGAUAACGAUCACAAUCCAAAAUCAAAAUUAUAG